AUGGGUGUGCCAGAAACCGACCCACUUUCUCAGCUAAGCUUGCCACCGGGGUUUCGAUUCUAUCCCACAGACGAAGAGCUUCUGGUUCAGUAUCUGUGCCGCAAGGUUGCUGGGUACCAAUUCAGUCUGCAAAUUAUAGCUGAAAUUGAUCUCUACAAGUUCGAUCCAUGGGUUCUACCAAGCAAAGCAAUAUUUGGUGAAAAAGAAUGGUACUUUUUCAGUCCGAGGGACCGGAAAUACCCAAAUGGGUCACGACCUAACAGGGUAGCCGGGUCUGGGUACUGGAAAGCCACCGGCACUGAUAAGAUCAUCACCACUGAAGGUCGAAAAGUUGGGAUAAAAAAAGCUCUGGUUUUCUAUGUCGGCAAAGCCCCCAAAGGCACCAAGACCAAUUGGAUUAUGCACGAGUAUCGUCUAAUCGAACCUUCACGCAAAAAUGGCAGCUCCAAGUUGGAUGAAUGGGUUUUGUGUCGUAUUUACAAGAAGAGCUCGAGCUCAGCUGCGCAGAAGCCCAUGACGACGAGUGUUUCGAGCAUAGAGCACAGCAACGGCUCGUCGUCUUCCUGCUCGUCUCAGCUGGACGACGUGCUCGAGUGGCUGCCGGAGAUUGACGACCGCUCCUUCUCUCUGCCGCGCAUAAACUCGCUCAAAACGCUGCAGCAGCAGCAGGAGGACAGCAAGCUCGGGUUUCAGACGGGUUCUGGAAAUUUCGACUGGGCGAGUCUCGCCGGGUUCAACGUGGUGCCUGAACUGUGUCCCAAUAACCAGCCCCAACAAGGCCAAGGGCAAAUGAAUGUGAACUAUAGCAACAACAAUGACAUGUAUGUCCCUUCGAUCCCGCCGCUCUGCCACGUGGAAUCGCCGCCGGAGAGGCUCGCGAAGACGGUGGACGAGGAGGUGCAGAGCGGGUUCAGAACUCAGCGGGUUGAUAACUCAGGGUUCUUUCAGAACUCGAACGUUAUGACUCAGAACUUUGGCAACCCGACCGACCCGUACGGGUACGGUACCCGAUUCGGCCGGUCGGGUUUGGGGUUUGGCGGUGGGGAAAAGUGA